AGCCCCUCGCGGCUCGCGGUGUACGGAGUUGUUGCCGUACUUGCGGAAGGCAACCCCCAACAAGGCCCACAAUCAAACACCAAAAAAUUUGAAAGCGGAAGUCAAAGCUACUAUUGUGACAAUGAUUUCACUUACGUGCAGAACAAAAUGUGUUGUACGACGUUAUUCUUUGUUCCACAAUAAUUAUCGUUGUUUUAAUGUUCCACAGUUAAGUUGCUGCCUCACCGAUGCCCGGGCAGAAUGUACAUCAAGGAGGUGACAAUUCAAGGAUUUCGCAGCUACAAGGACCAGACAGCCGUUGAGCCAUUUUCUAAGCAUAACGUUGUCGUUGGAAAAAAUGGCUCGGGAAAAAGCAACUUCUUCAAAGCGAUUCAGUUUGUUCUGGGCGAUGAAUCGGAAUUUGGAGCACGUCUCGGUGCUGAUUCCCGUCAGAGCCUUCUCCAUGAAGGAACCGGAAAUAAAGUCCACACAGCGUACGCUGAAGUGGUGUUCGACAACACGGACGGUCGAAUCCCCGUCGAGGGCGAUGAAGUCGUUAUCCGUCGCACCAUCUCCGCCAAGCAGGACCAGUACACCUUGAAUGGAAAAACAGCCACAAAACAGGAUGUGGCUAAUCUAUUCGAGACAGCUGGAUUCUCCAAGAGUAAUCCCUAUUAUAUCGUGAAACAGGGAAAAGUGAAUGAGCUCUCCACAGCGCCAGUCGAGAAGCGUUUGAAUUUGCUGAAGGAAGUUGCUGGAACGAAAGUAUACGAUGAGCGUCGCGCUGAAAGCCAGGAGGCCAUGAAGGAGACGUCUGAAAAAAGCGAACAAAUCCACAAAGCAAUUAGCAACAUGGAAGAUCGACUGAAGACGCUAGAAGAAGAGAAGGAAGAACUGAAAAAAUACCAGCAUCUCGAUAAAAAACGGCGCGUUCUGGAGCAUACAGUGUUCACGAAAGAUUUGGAAGAAGUCCGCGCGAAAGUGUCGGCUCUGGAGAUCAAGAGCGAAGAAAAGGAUACAUCACUGAAAGGGCUGCGAGCCGAAAUGCGCAAAUUUGGUGAUGAAAUCCAGAAGGUGGAGAAAGUGCACCGUGAGACGAAAUCAAAGGUGGCCCAGUUUGAAGAGGAAAAACGCCAGGUGCUACAGGAGCUGGAAGAGCAUCAUCAUCGAGAAACACAGCUGGAACUCAGCAUAAAAGAUUGUGAGACCGACGAUGAACAGGUGAAAUCAAAUAAAAGACAAUGGGACCGAGAAUUGCGCGAUUUGAGAGACAAGAUCGAACAGACAGAAAUUAGGCUGCAACAACUGGCCCAGUAUAACGAGGCGGUCGCGGAGCAGGAUGCUGUUAAUAAGGAUUUACAGACUAAAAAGCAGCAGCGAAGCGAAUUGUUUGCCAAACAGAAUCGCGGUGACCGGUUCCGCAGUAAAGAAGAACGGGAUAAAUGGCUAUCAACGGAACUAAAACGCGUUGGUGCGCUUAUUACUGACAAAAGCAAUACUUUAAAAGCGGCUGAAAAGAAGCUGGACGGCGAUCGCCAAAAAAUCAAGCAGCUGGAAAAUAGUAUUAACGGUCUGGAAAAAGCUGUGAGAAAAAGCGAGCAGUAUAAACGCGAUCAGAUUGUCUUCUACGAAGAUAAACGAGCCAAAGAAGAACUGGUAGGGACGCGUAAUGACCUCUGGAGGAAGCAGCAUAGUCUCCAGGAAGAGCUAAAUCUGAAAAAGGAUGAGCUUCGCAAAAGAAAAAAUGAUCUGCAGUCACAAAUGGGUAAAUCAAUUCUCCGCGGAGUUGAUGGUGUACGGAUGGUGAUGAACGAGUGGAAUGAGGACCAGAAUAAACAAGAAUAUGUCCAAGGUUAUCAUGGUCUUCUUAUUGAUUGCAUCGUUUGCGAUGAGAUGGUUUAUACCGCGGUGGAUACUGUUGCUGGAAAUAAGUUAUUCUAUCAUGUCGUUGACACCGACACCAUCGCAGCAAAAAUUCUGGAAGAGGUUAAUCGUCGCAAUCUGCCAGGAGAAUUCAAUUUCUUACCACUGAACCGGUUGAGUGUUAAGGAGGUGGAGUAUCCGGAUUUGGGUGAUGUGGAGGCGCUUCCCUUAAUCAACAAGAUCUCAUCUCCUCAAGAGGUGGAACGGGCUGUGAAAUUCAUUUUCGGAAAGACAUUAGUCUGCCGCUACCUUGAGCUUGCUACUGAUCUCUGUAAACAGUACAAUAUGGAUUGUGUCACUCCCGAUGGGGAUACUGCUAGUCGUCGUGGAACCAUGACCGGAGGUUACCUCAACCGCAGAGAGUCUCGCAUGAUGCUGCAGAAGUAUAUUCGUGAAAUUACAAAGGAAGAACAACGAGUCCAGGAGCAGCUUGAUGAAGUAAAAACCGAACUGGACAAAUAUGAAGCCGAUCUGCAGGACAAGAACAAUAAACUUUCUUCGCUGGAAACAAAGCUGGAACGAAUAAAAGCGCAAAAUGAGCGGAAUAAAAUCGAGCUGGGCAAAUCUAAGGAAGAGUUUCGGAGCUUGCAAAACGGAAUUGAGCCACGAGAAAAAAGUAUCGCAGAAAUUCGCACGGAAAUUGCUGUUCUGGAAACCACCAAGCACACGUUGGAACAGGAAAGAGGGACCGAGUUGACCAGCGUCUUAUCGGAUAGUGAGCGUCGUAAUAUCGAUUCUCUGGACGCUGAAAUUCGGAACUUGACGAAGCAAAUGCAAAACCUGUCCGAAAAACGUCGUAAUCUGGAAAUGCAGAAAAGUAAUCUGCAGAACAGUCUUCAAGAUAACCUUAAACGUCGUGAAGAUGAAUUAAAGGGUUCUAUUCAAGAAUCUACGGCGGAAAGCAGUGGGCACCGGCUUUUAUCCUUGAAACAGGAAAGAGAUAUGGUUAAUAGGGCCGUAGCAAAGCUUCAGAAUGAUAUUGUUGAACUGGAUAAAAAAUUGGACGAGCUGAUAGAUCAACGCCGAAAUACGGCUGCCGAACUUGAACGGCUGCGAUCGAAGGAGAGGGAGCUACAAGAAAAGAUUUUGGCCGAAUCGCGGGAGCUUGAUAAAAUUAUUAAUCGUCUUGUACUUAUGCAGAAAGAAAAAGAUGAAUGCCUACAUAAAAUUCGAGAGCUGUCGGCUCUGCCUGCGGGAGUGGAUAAUUCGGAAUAUAUGAAGAAAUCUGCUCGAGAACUAGGGAGGGAUUUAGACAAAGUCAACGAGGAACUGAAGAAGUUUGGCCAUGUCAAUCAACGCGCCCUUGAUCAGUACGUCACUUUCUCGGAGCAACGUACCAAACUAUUGAGUCGCCGAGACGAGCUUGACCGCGGUGAAAAGUCGAUUGCUGACCUUAUGGACAACUUGGAACACCAGAAAUACGAAGCUAUUACACGCACAUUUCAGCAAGUUACCCGGAACUUCGAACUUGUUUUUAAAGAGUUGGUUCCUCAAGGCCGGGGACUGUUGACAUUGUUGAAGGGAUCGGAAGAGUCCACUGUGGAAGAUACUCAGCCAUCCAUGGAAGAACUCAAUAAGUUUACUGGUAUCGGCGUUAAGGUUACUUUUACUGGCGGCACAGGGGAAAUGAAGGACAUGAAUCAGCUUUCUGGUGGUCAGAAAACACUGGUGGCUUUGGCAACGAUAUUUGCCAUUCAGAAAUGCGAUCCAGCACCGUUUUAUCUGUUUGAUGAAAUCGACCAAAAUCUUGAUCCUGAUCACCGUAAAUCCGUAGGACGUAUGAUCGAGAGAUUAAGUAAUAAUGCACAGUUUAUCACCACAACAUUCCGGAGUGAGUUGUUGGAACACGCAGAUAAAUUUUACGGAGUCAAAUACGAUCCUAAUUUGAAGGUCAGUCGCAUUCAGGCUAUCAAGAAACAGGAAGCUCAGGAUUUCAUUGCCGACGACGAAAGUCAGGGGAACACUGAACUGGCGUCUUCGUCGAAUUUCAAAAAUCUUUCUGCCAAUGGAUCAUUACAGUCGUUCAAUGCCGCUGACGAAACUUCGGACGUUGCAGGAGAUGUUGAAAUGUUCGACGGGACAGUCGCGGUCGAAUCUGUCGACGAAGAAUGAGCUUCGACUUCGUGACGCCUUGAAUGUUAUUGUUUUUGUUGUUUUUUUUGUUUCUGCGCCCUGUCAGUUCCAUGAUGGCAAACACUGCUGAACGCAGCGGGCACUCCAGUUUUAUUUUAGUUUUAAAAUUUCCAGGGUGUUGCACAAGCAGUAUCAGUCCGAAAUAAGUCAGGCGUGCGUUGGGGUUGUUUGUAAAUUAAGCCAAUGUGCUGUGUGCACAUAAUUUACAAAUCAGAUUUUCUUUGAUGUGUUUUUCAUUUUUAUUUAUAACGUUCCUACGUGACUCUGUGCACGGUACAGUGGCAAGACAGGCGGAAAAAAACCCAAAGGCAGAUG